CUCUCUCUCCCACAGAUCGGGACAGAGAGACGGAGAGACGCAGCUCUUCUCACUGCUCUCUCCUUCAUCCCUCCAUCUUCUUCUUCUUCUUCUCCUUCCUACUCUUCCUCCUCUCCUCUGUCCACGGCCACAUCUCUCUCUCUCCAUCUCUUCUUCUCCUCCUCCUCCUCCUCCUCCUCCUCUCUCUCCUCCACUCUUCAGACUGACACACAGGUCUAACUCUUGGCCUUCUUCUUCCUCACCUUCAUCAUCAUCAUCCUCAGAAGAAGACGGACAGGGACCCCCUGACCCUUGUCCCGCCGGGUCACCAUGGCAACGGUCAUCUGUACUCGUUUCACUGAAGAGUUUCAGCUGUAUGAAGAGCUGGGCAAGGGAGCGUUUUCAGUGGUGCGGCGCUGUGUGAAGGUGCUGUCGGGUCAGGAGUACGCCGCCAAGAUCAUCAACACCAAGAAACUGUCCGCCAGAGAUCAUCAAAAGUUGGACCGUGAAGCUCGAAUCUGUCGUUUACUGAAGCACCCCAACAUAGUCCGGCUCCAUGACAGUAUUUCAGAGGAGCUUCAUCAUUACCUCAUCUUUGACCUAGUAACAGGUGGAGAGUUAUUUGAAGAUAUUGUAGCCAGAGAAUAUUACAGUGAAGCUGACGCCAGUCAUUGUAUCCAGCAGAUUCUGGAGGCGGUGCUUCACUGUCAUCAGAUGGGCGUGGUCCACAGAGACCUGAAGCCUGAGAACCUGCUGCUAGCAUCUAAGUCUAAAGGAGCGGCGGUGAAACUGGCAGACUUUGGACUCGCCAUUGAGGUGGAGGGAGACCAGCAGGCGUGGUUUGGCUUCGCUGGGACUCCAGGUUAUCUCUCUCCGGAAGUUCUGAGGAAGGAUCCGUACGGGAAAGCUGUCGACCUCUGGGCCUGUGGUGUGAUCCUGUACAUCCUCCUCGUUGGUUAUCCUCCAUUCUGGGAUGAAGAUCAACAUCGUCUCUACCAGCAGAUCAAAGCCGGAGCUUAUGAUUUUCCCUCUCCUGAGUGGGACACGGUGACUCCUGAAGCCAAAGAUCUCAUUAAUAAGAUGUUGACCAUCAAUCCGUCCAAACGGAUCACAGCGGCCGAAGCACUUAAACACCCAUGGAUCUCUCAUCGCUCCACGGUGGCGUCCUGUAUGCACAGACAGGAGACGGUCGAGUGUCUGAAGAAGUUCAACGCCAGGAGGAAACUGAAGGGAGCCAUCCUCACCACCAUGUUGGCCACCAGAAACUUCUCAGGUGGAAAGAGCGGGAACAAGAAGGCUGACGGCGUCAAGGAGUCAUCUGAGAGCACAAACACCACCAUUGAGGACGAAGACACCCGAGUGAGGAAGCAGGACAUCAUUAAAGUCACGGAGCAGCUUAUCGAGGCGAUCAGCAACGGAGACUUUGAGAGCUACACGAAGAUGUGUGACCCGGCAGUGACAGCAUUCGAGCCCGAGGCGUUGGGCAAUCUGGUCGAAGGCCUUGACUUCCAUCGCUUUUAUUUUGAAAACUUGUGGUCAAAGAACAGUAAACCUGUCCAUACCACCAUCCUGAACCCGCACAUCCACCUUGUUGGAGAAGAGGCCGCCUGCAUCGCCUACAUCAGAGUCACUCAGUAUAUCGAUGCCAAUGGCACACCACGCACCGCCCAAUCAGAGGAGACCAGGGUGUGGCAUCGGCGCGACGGCAAGUGGCAGAUCGUCCAUUUCCACCGCUCAGGCUCUGCCUCCACGCUCAGCAAGUAAGAGCAGUUCACAGUUAACUACCGGUGUGGGCAGCUCUUCGAUGGUUCAUCUGUCGCCUUGACAACUGAUUGAUUGACAGCAGGCCAGGCAUCUGAAACCAACCAUUGUGGAUUUAGUUUGAGAAAAACAAGAUAGAACAUGAAGAGGGCGGGGACAGAAAGCCGUGAACUGCACUACCAACCAACCAGCUUCCUCCUAUCAGCUCAUCUGGACUUCAGUCACGCUCCCACCUCAUAAUUAGCCAAUCAGCUGCACAACAGAGAUUGUAAUAGAGAACAAACCAUAUGACGUAUUUUUGUAGGCCAACCCGGAAGUAGCAUCGCCAUAGGGUCUAACGAGAAUUUGCCUAUGGGAUUUUUGCAUUGGAUUUUGGAUCAUUGCAGAAAAUAAGCUCUGUGGCUAACACACUUUUCUGAUGCGUAGGCGUUUUGUUCAGCAGGAUAACCUUCACAAUUGAACACCAUUUUUAUUUAGUUUGAAGCGUUAAUGUGGCCGACAGAAGUAAAAAGCUAACGUUAUGCUAUAGCUACACUACGGUCGUAUAACUACUAUUAUAAACUAAUCCGCAUAGCUUAAUAAAUGAUUUAAUAUUUGCCUUAACCCAAAGAUUAAACCCGCAGGAGACAUCACAGACUAGUGAGAGAGUUCCUGGCGUUUGUGUCCGGCGUGAUGACGUUUAAUGUCCCCGACAACCACUGUAGUCUCAUUUAGCCACUUGUUAGCAACCGCUUUUUUAAGGACGCAUAAAAACUUCAAAUUCACAAGUGGGGGUAUUACCUAACCUAACUGUUUAUGUGGUCUAACAAAACUCCAACAUCUUUUAAGCUUGUGUUAACCACAGACUUUAUUUCAGGCGUCUAACCACAAACCCAUUCAUAAUUCCCAUUGACUUUUAGACGUUAGACCCCAUGGCGCUCAAAUGCUAACUUACUUCUGGGUUUUAGGAAUCAUUCCUGUGGCGCUCUAUACUGUGUGGAAACCUCAUAUCUCCAGCUUAUCUCACUUUCUGUUUCAGGUUGAUUGACAGGAGACACGCCCCCAUUAAAAAGACAAAACUUGAAAAAAAAUAUAUCAACUGAUGGAUUCUUCAUUAACUCUGAAUAAAGAAUCAAUCUGACAUUUAUAUGAACUGUUGAGUUAAUUAUUAUUAGUUAAAUAUUAUUAAGUCAAAUAAUUAAAACAUGCUUUAAGAUUUAAAUCUAUUGUAAUGCAAAAUAAACAAUAACUAUCUAAAUAGUUUCAAUGUUUAUAAAAAUGUGUCCAUGGAAACGAUCCAUUAAAAAAUAUAUUAUAAUAUAAUUAAAAUGUCCUUUUUUUCCUUUUUCCUCGGGGGAAGGAGAAAGAGGUGCUCUGGAGAUACAAGGUUUCCACCUGGAAGUGGAUAGUAGUACAUAAUGUCAGCCGUCGUCAUGGUUACUGAUUGUUUUAAUGAGACCCAUUAUCUCCUGGUUACAGCCAGGGCAGCCCAGAGAUGUGUUGUGACGAGGAGAUAUUUGGGUCAGAAACUGAGCUCACCAUCAAUAACAUCAACAUCUUAAAACAGAAGAACGUAAUAAAGAUCAUCAAUUAAUUUAUAUAUUUAAUUACAAUUCCAAUAAUGUCCAGAACGUUAACAUUUGUUUGUUGGACGCUCGUCUCUGCUUCCAUCGGGCUCAGAGAGCUCAUCAAUCUUCCAUCUUUCGCUCACCUGAGAUCUUCCAUCAACAGUCACCACACCCCCACCACCACCUGACCGCAACCCCGCCCGACCACCUGCCAGGUGUCUUAACGAGCUGGGCCAUAACGAGGUACCUUAACAAGCUGUCUGUCUGGUUCAUGGGCUCCAAUAUGGAAAAGAUAUAGAAAAAAUGUUUAAAAAAAAAAUGUAAUCGAAAACAGACAGCGCUCAGUUCAGCGUCAUCUGUAGUGAUCUCAUCUGUACGGAGACCCAGAGGGGACAAAAGUUUGAUAAUAAUUAUAGUAUACAUUCAGCCUGAAGGUUUAAAUAAAAAAAUAUGGCACGGAAUUUGUUGCAUCAUCAGCCAAUAAGAUCAAGCUUUUCUUACAGAAGUAAGAAGAAGAAGUAAAGAUAUAAAUAAAUUCAGCUGGAUGUGAAGCAGGUGUUUGUCUCCUCUGAGCCUCCGUAUGACGGAUCUGUGACUCUGGCGUUCCCGUUGUGUGGGUCCGUUGGCGGUGUGGUCACUGUGUGAAACCUCAUAUCUCUGUUUGUUUUAUUCUUUAAUCUUCACGAGGCCUUAAGUCUGAUUCAAAUUUAAACCUCCAUUCUUGAAUGUGACACGGAGAUGAAGCCGCUCAUUCAGAGUCGCUGUUUUCAAAGGUUUUAAUGGUGGUUUCCUGGAGAUACGAGGUUUUGGAGCCAUGGCGGCGUAGUGAAAGGGUUCUGUACGGAGAGCUUCUUUCUCUGCAGUGAUGGUGUUUACUUUCUGUACAGACGAUGUGAUUCUCUGCAUGCACGAUUUGUGUUUUGUGUUUCGGCUUCGGCCUCUGCUGCGUUUUGGCGUUCGCGGCUGCCAUCUUGGUUUCAGCUCUCUGGGGACUUGGCUCUCGCUAACGAGACUCAGCUCUCGUUAGCUUUGUUAGCAUUCCUCAUUGGGAGCUGUGUUGUGAGCUAGCCGCGAGCUAACAAAACACCAGCAGUGCCGUCUUUGAUAUUCUGCGAUUUUUGACCCUUUGUGUUCGUCUCAGAGGCUUUGAGCAGCUUUUUACCGUCAGGGGAAUGUAGAACUUUGUACAAUCAGAUUCUUACGAGGAUGACGAUAUUAUUAUGAUUAUUAUGAUUAUUAUUCUCGAUAUAUCGCGUUUGUAUAUUUAAAGCUUUUUAGUGUUGGACUCCAGUGCUCCGCUCGUGUGAAUCACCCUGUAGAGACCACAUAGUGUUUUACCGGCUUUAUUUUUGUUAGUAUGAUAUGCAGUAUAGCGUGUGACACGAGUUCCCUUAGCAACGCUGAAUGUGUUCGCCACGGCGCUGUUGCCUUUAUUUUACUUGACAUCUUGGCGCCCUUGGCGCCCCGGCUUAGAAACACUGACAGCAUGACUUGUUCUAGUGAAAUAUCAUUCAACUGAAAUAUCGUUAAAAGGUCAUAAAUAAAAACUAAACAUUCGCUUACUCCCGUGAUGGCGAGUAAAUUUCAUUUGUUUUCUUAAAAUCACAACGUAAUUCUCUCGUUAUCUCGGGAUAACAAGCUCGUUUUCCCGUCACAACGAGUCAAUUUCUGGAGAUCACAAGAAAAACGGCUAAAAUGAACACGUCAUCCUGUUGAAGCAGCUUUGAUGUCCUAGGUGAACGAGAUCAAGUCGAGAAAACAGAUCACAGAAAAACUGAUUCAAAUAAAACGUACGGCUGCAUGUUUGCUAAGGGCUCCCGUAACGUUCCCGCUCAUGUUUCCACUCGUCACCUAAACUUGACCGUCUCUAAAAACGUGUGCUGUGAAAAAGCCACAGCUCUGAUGUGUGAACGUGGGCGUGACUCAGUGUGACCUCAGACGGGACGCCGAGUGGCGGCUGCAGACUGAAUGGCUGUUUUCUACAGUAGACUUCUGUGUGUUUUCUAAAACUCACCUUAAACCUUUUCUGACACUUGAAAGUUUGAUUUAUCGUCGGUGGAAGUCUUUGAGACGCUGCCUGCAAAUAUCUGAGAUGUCAUUUUUUAAACUAUUUGGUGUUAAUGCUUGAAACUGAAGAAUUCAUCUUAAGCAGAUUUAUUCUACAAACCGAUGCUACGAUGUUUUCCCUGUUUUUACCAGAUGUUCAGUGGGUGUGGCUGCUUUAUAUAUAUCCUCAUCAACGCAAAUCAGCGACUUCCAACCGUCGAAUGUCAGUCUGUAAUAACAAAGAGACGAUUCAGGAUUUCUCUUAUUGUCCUCUCAGACCGACGAGUUCAUGUUUUCACUUGAUGCUAAAAGCGUCAAGGUGGAAGUCUCUGUUUGAAACUGCAGCAAUGAGAGACAGGAAACAGGAGGAGGAGCUUCAGACCUGCAGAAACUGUUAGCAUGGUUAGCAUCAUCCAUAGCUACAAGAGCUAAUCUGUGUUUAAUAGCGUGGGUCAGGAUGCUAAUAGUGAUGAACUGAUGAGACUGUUUCAGGGCUCCUUGAUGUUUAAACAUGUUGCUAACUCUUCUUCUGCAAGCUAACAAGCUGUCCAGGUGUCAGGGUUCAAGUUUUGGGCUUCAAUGAAUUAAAAAAAACAGACUGAAAACAAAGAUAUUAAAUUGAAGCCUUUGUUUUUGUUUAUAUAAUUUAAAUAGUCAUAGUAAUAGUGUGAAUAAACAGAGCGGAGUCAUGCUAACAUUAGCUAGCCAUGCUGCCAAAAACACAGACUUUUUAUUAUUUAGUUAUUUAUUUUUAAAUAUUUUUAUUUGAUGUGAAGUUUCAAUCAGCUUUGGUAUCAACAUUGUUUAAAACCCGAACUUUAUUUUGAAGGUUUGAAUCAGAACUUUGGUCUGAAGCUCCUCUCAGAUUUUUGGGGGAUUUUCUUCACGAACAGAAAUCAAAACAAAAAUAAUCCAUGACUCAGAUAUCCAACACUAAGAAUCAUGUUUACACUUCUGGAUAUUAAAACGUUUGACUUUUUAUUUCUGUCAGAAUAAAUCCAGACGCUCUCCUCUGUUUCCUGUUUCCUGUCUCCGUGUUGGCGCUCUGCAGAACCAAUAAUCAGCUCGUUCAUUCACUCAGCUUUUCUACUUUGAUAAAUAUUGUUCUGUAUUAACUGAAGCUGCAUGCUCCGUGUGUAACCGUGUGUGUGUGUGUGUGUGUGUGUGUGUGUGUGUGUGUGUGUGUGUGUGUGUGUGUAUGUGAGUGUGUGUGUGAGAGACGGGGUGUUUUUAAUUAUUUUUUUUUUUGUAGUUUUUUGGAGUAUUUCUUCUUCUGCAUCGUGUUUAAAGUGUUUCUGUAAAUAAACGGAGGUGAUCAAAUGCU